CAACCCACUCCAGAAUUCUUGCCUGGGAAAUCCCAUGGACAGAGGAGCUGGUAGGCUGCAGUCCAUGGGGUCGCAAGAGUUGGACACGACUUAGGAACUAAAUCACCACCACCACAAAUUCCACAUGAGCAGAAGACAAGCCAGACUGCCACCUCUUCUCUGCAGCCAGAGGGCAGAGGAAGGAGUCAGGCACCCUGGCUUCCAGUCCUAGCUCUGUGAACUGAGUUGAAUGAGCCCCUUCCCUCUCUGGGCCACAAUCUGUCUAGCUGUACAAGGUCUGGCACAUGGAAAUAAGUCUACUGGAUCCUCUAAGGUCUCCAGGACACCCUGUAAACCUAACUUUCUUAAAACAGAAGGAAGCAUCUGAUGAGAGAUCUUCCGGCCAUGGUUUCUGGGACCUGAAACGAAAACAGAGGGGCAUGGCCACCUCUGCCAUCAACGUGGGGGUGGGGGCGGGGGCAAAGGAGUGAUGGAUGACCCACUCAUCCCCUACCCCUGGGUGGGCAGGCCUAGAAGCCAAAGGAAGUGAUAAGUGUCUGGCCUAGGCACCAAGAGGCCUCAUCCUUCUCCACCUGAAUCAUAGCGGCCUCUCCUCUCCAGAGAUCAGAGCUGGAGAAGCAAUUAGAGCUUAAUUAUCUUCAUAGGGAGAGAAGGGACCAGGUGGAACUCACCUAAGCCACAGAGCUAGUCCUUGGAAGGGCAGAAAGCCAAACCUUCCCUUGGGGAAAACAGAAGGUUCUAGCCUUGUGCAGACACGUAUCUCAAGAGACUGAGUGCUUCUCACCCUGGAGACGUCAAGGUGAACAAAUAUAGCAUUAAAAGCUGCUCUGCAAACAACCAUCAAUCUGAAUCCCAAAGGCCUGAGAAAGUCUGUUCUCCAGUACCUGCUGCUGAUCUUCUGUCUCACCCAGCAAGAAGCACCAUGAAAUUGGAAUUCACUGAGAAAAACUACAACAGCUUCGUACUGCAGAACCUGAACAAACAGAGAAAACGCAAAGAGUACUGGGACAUAGCCCUGACUGUGGACCACCAUGUCUUCUUUGCACAUCGCAAUGUGCUGGCUGCAGUCUCCCCGCUGGUGAAGAACCUCAUCUCCAACCAUGACAUGAAGACCACCGAUGAGCUCUUUAUCACCAUUGACCCCAACUACCUGAGUCCAACCACAGUGGACCAGCUCCUAGACUACUUCUACAGCGGCAAGGUGGUGAUCUCAGAACAGAAUGUGGAAGAGCUCCUUCGUGGGGCCCAGUAUUUCAACACACCCCGCCUUCGAAUUCACUGCAAUGACUUCCUGAUCAAGUCCAUCCGCCGUGCCAACUGCUUGCGCUACCUCUUCUUGGCUGAGUUGUUUGAGCUCAAAGAGGUGUCAGACUUGGCCUACUCUGGCAUUCGGGACAACUUCCACUACUGGGCCAGUCCUGAGGGCUGCAUGCACUUCAUGCGCUGUCCACCUGUCAUCUUCGGCCGCCUGCUCCGAGAUGAAAACUUGCACGUACUCAACGAAGACCAGGCUCUCAACGCACUUAUCAAUUGGGUAUGCUUCCGGAAGGAUGAGCGGGAGAAGUAUUUCAAGAAGUUCUUCAAUUACAUCAACCUCAACGCUGUCUCCAACAAGACGCUAAUGUAUGCCAGCAACAAGCUGCUGUGCAUGGAGAACAGCUCAGCCCACUCAACCCUGAUUGAAAGCGUCCUUGUGGACCGCAAGCAGGAGAGGCCGACCAGCCUGCUGAGCUACCAGCGCAAAGGGGCCCUGCUUGAUUCAGUGGUCAUCCUAGGGGGCCAGAAGGCCCAUGGCAAGUUCAACGACGGCGUGUUUGCUUACAUCAUCCAGGAGAACCUGUGGUUGAAGCUCUCAGAGAUGCCCUACCGAGCAGCGGCACUGAGCGCCACCUCUGCCGGCCGCUACAUCUACAUCUCUGGUGGGACCACGGAGCAGAUCUCAGGGCUGAAGACGGCUUGGCGGUAUGACAUGGAUGACAACUCCUGGACCAAGCUGCCCGACCUGCCAAUUGGGCUUGUCUUCCACACCAUGGUGACCUGCGGGGGAACAGUGUACUCGGUGGGGGGCAGCAUCGCCCCGAGGCGCUAUGUCUCUAACAUCUACCGCUAUGAUGAGCGCAAGGAGGCCUGGUGCCUGGCAGGGAAGAUGAGCAUUCCUAUGGACGGCACAGCCGUGAUCACCAAGGGUGACCGGAACCUGUAUAUUGUCACUGGGCGCUGCUUGGUGAAGGGUUACAUCUCCCGGGUCGGGGUGGUGGACUGCUUCGACACCAACACUGGGGAGGUGGUCCAGUGUAUCACCUUUCCCAUUGAGUUCAACCACCGGCCCCUGCUCUCUUUCCAUCAAGACAACAUCCUCUGCGUGUACAGCCACCGGCAGAGUGUGGAGAUCAACCUGCAGAAGGUGAAGGCCAACAAGACGACCAGCUCCGUGCCUCUUUUGCCCAACAACUGCCCCUUGGAUGUGUCCCACGCUAUAUGCUCUGUGGGAGACAAUAGAGUGUUUGUGUGCGGAGGUGUCACCACAGCCAGCGAUGUCCAGACAAAGGACUAUACCAUCAACCCAAAUGCCUACCUGCUGGACCAAAAGGCAGGCGAGUGGAAGACCCUGGCCCCCCCACCGGAGGCAUUGGACUGUCCUGCCUGCUGUCUAGCCAAGCUACCUUGCAAGAUUCUUCAAAGGAUUUAAACAACUUUUUAAGUGGGAGAAUAAGUAAAUGCAUUAUUAUUCACAAUUUAAUGAGAGAAAAAGAGAGGAAGGUGUUGGUUCCUU